AACUUUCUGAUGGGUUGGCAGCAGUGACACAAAGCGCAUAUGCCAUUAUAAAAGGACAAGGCCAGAGCCAGCUCAUAGACAGCAAGAGCCUGGGAAAAGGACAGUGUUUUUAUCGGCCGCUCUCAUCACUCGCCCUCUCCAUGGCUGUACUUGAGGGACUUCUCCAGACCCCCAGCACAUUCUCUCUGCUGGUUGCUGGGGUGCUGUUGCUGUUUGCCUAUCUGUACUCCUCUGGCGUAGGCAGCCCAGGGAAAGGGACAGAGCCUCCGGGACCCACACCACUGCCCAUCAUCGGCAACCUGCUGCAGCUGGACCUGCAGAAACCAUACGACACACUGUGCAAGCUCUCCAAAACGUACGGAUCGGUCUUCACGGUUCGCUUUGGACCUACAAAGACUGUCGUCUUGUCAGGAUAUAAAACGGUGAAGGAGGCCCUGGUUAACCAUGCUGAAGAGUUUGGGGAUAGGGGUGUCAGUCCCAUAUUCAAGGCUAUAAACGGAGGACAUGGAAUUAUCUUCUCAAAUGGAGAACAGUGGAAAGAGAUGAGACGCUUUGCUUUGACAAACCUGCGGGACUAUGGCAUGGGGAAAAAAUCCAGUGAGGAAAAAAUCAUUGAAGAGACACGAUACCUGUCAGAGGUGUUUGAAAACUUUAAAGGUAAAGCAUUUGAUACGACUCAGCCGGUGAACUAUGCUGUCUCAAAUAUCAUCAGUGCCAUUGUGUACGGCAGCAGGUUUGAUUACAACGACCACAGGUUCAAAGCCAUGGUCAACCGAGCCAAUGAGAACAUCCGACUCGGUGGAUCUCCAGCCGUUCAGCUCUACGCCAUGUUCCCUUGGCUCGGUCCGGUGCUGGCAAAGUGGCGAAAGUUGAAAAGCACAUCAAAAAAGCAUAUUGAAGAGAUGGGGAAGCUGAUCAGUGAGCUGCAAGAGACUCUCAACCCCUUUGAGCAGAGAGGAUUUGUGGACUCCUUCCUUAUCCGAAAACAGAAAGAAGAGGAAUCUGGACAUAAGGAUACGUUCUUCAGUCAGGAGAAUAUGGUCUACUCUGUAGCCAAUCUGUUUGCAGCGGGCACAGAUACGACAGGGACGACUCUGCGCUGGGGGCUGCUGCUUAUGGCCAAGUACCCUCAUAUACAGGACCGAGUCCAGGAGGAAAUAGACCGGGUGAUUGGCGGCCGGCAGCCAGUGGUGGAAGACAGGAAGAGUCUGCCCUUCGUGGAUGCCGUGAUCCACGAGACCCAGAGGCUAGCCAACAUCGUGCCCAUGAGUAUCCCGCACACCACCAGCUGUGAUGUCCACUUCCAGGGCUUCUUCAUCAAGAAGGGCACGACGGUGUUUCCCCUGCUGACCUCCGUGCUGCACGAUGAGUCCGAAUGGGCCAAACCAUACGCCUUCCACCCUGAACACUUCCUGGAUGACCAGGGGCGCUUUGUCAAGAGAGACGCGUUCAUGCCCUUCUCUGCAGGUCGCAGGGUGUGUUUGGGUGAGAGUCUGGCUAGGAUGGAACUCUUCCUCUUCUUCGCGUCUCUUCUUCAACGCUUCCGUUUCACUCCUCCUCCCGGCGUCUCCGAGGACGAGCUGGACCUCACCCCGGCGGUGGGUUUCACCCUCAACCCUUCCCCACACAAGCUGUGUGCAGUCAGUCGCUCCUAGGUUCCUACCACCAUGUAUAUGUAACCGAGGUCGUAAUUUGUCCGCCUCUCACGCUCACGGCCCUCAAAGCCGCACACCUCAACACACACACCGACAUGGGAGUCAAACGCUCUAACCACUGAGCUAAAAGCCCAGGCUUCCAACUCAGCGGUUAGAAGCGU